CAAAGAACAACAAUAAUAAGGAAGUGGGUCGUUUGGGGGGAAAUAGUAGUCCCAGAAACCACUCUCAGAGAAUGGUCAAAAUGAAGUUUUUAGGCAUUUGUAUUUGUUUUGUAAGUUGCUGCUAUGUGUACGGAACGACAGCGGAGGAGGAUUUGCAAAUACAGACGUUUGUUAUUCCUCACAGUCACAUGGAUGUUGGAUGGGUUUACACUGUUCAAGAGAGUAUGCAUGCCUAUGCUGCCAAUGUGUACAACAGUGUGACAGAGGAGCUGUCCAAGACCAAAGAUCGCAGGUUUAUUGUGGUGGAGCAGGAGUUCUUUCGACUUUGGUGGGACACUGUCUCCACGGACUCACAAAAGAAUCAAAUACGACAGCUUGUUAAAGAGGGACAAUUAGAGUUUAUCAUUGGAGGCCAAGUAAUGCAUGAUGAAGCUGUGACUGAUUUGAAUGACCAGAUACUGCAAAUGACAGAGGGACAUGGUUUCCUGUACGAGACAUUUGGUGUGCGUCCACAGUUUUCAUGGCAUGUGGAUCCCUUUGGAGCCUCAGCCACCACUCCUGUCCUGUUCGCUUUGACUGGCUUCAACGCUCACCUCAUCUCUCGCAUUGACUAUGAUCUCAAAGAUGCUAUGCAGAUGGAGAAAAAACUACAGUUUGUUUGGCGAGGUUCUCCCUCACUAAAGAAGCAGGAGAUCUUCACUCACACUAUGGACCAGUUUAGUUACUGCACCCCAUCCUAUCUACCUUUCUCCAAUAGUUCUGGAUUUUAUUGGAAUGGUGUUGCAUUAUUUCCUGACCCACCUAAAGAUGGUGUCUACCCCAAUAUGAGUCUUCCUGUUACUAAAGAGACCAUUCAUGCCUAUGCCCUCACCAUGGUGGAUAACAUUAAACAGAGGGCAGCUUGGUUUAGGACCAACCAUAUCCUGUGGCCUUGGGGCUGCGAUAAACAGUUUUACAACUCAUCUGUACAAUUUAUGAACAUGGACCCUCUAAUGAAGUACAUUAAUCAGAACAGUAAAGACUUUGGGGUAACAGUUCAGUAUGCUACUCUUAGUGAAUAUUUUAAAACUAUUUAUAAUUCUGAUCUGGAGUGGGAGAUCCGUGGUAGUGAAGACUUUUUGCCUUAUUCUACAGAGUCACACCAAGCCUGGACUGGAUUUUAUGCAUCUAGAAAUGUUUUAAAAGGAGUGGCAAGACAGGCUAGUUCCAAGUUGCACGCAGCAGAAACCAUUUUUGCUCAAUAUAGAAUAAGCUAUCCUGAUGGACCAGUUGCUAAAGACUGGGCACUUGAUAAGCUUAAAGCACUACGUUGGGCUGUGUCAGAGGUCCAGCACCAUGAUGGCAUCACUGGCACAGAGUCACCCAAAGUGGCAGACAUGUACAUGCAACAUUUAAGCCAGACCAUGAUGGGAGUUGAUGAACUUCUGGCUGCAAUUUUCCUUCUACCACACAAACUCAAAUUAGCCAACUUUCUCAGUGUAAACAACCAGGUGAAAGAAGGGGUUCAUGAAGCACCAGAACAGCAUAUCAUUGUCUACAACCCAUUAGCUUGGAACAUCACUACCAUCAUCAAUAUCAAUGUUAACUUUUCAAUAGCUGCAGUCUUUGAUGACAACGGAAAGCCAGUUCCUGCACAGCUCCAGAUGACUGCGCAAUCCAAUGUCACCUAUGACCUCUUCAUCAUGGUGGAGCUAGGUGGUCUUCAGCAUAGGAAAUAUGUGAUCAAGUUUUCAGAGAAGCAUUGCUCUGUAACAGGAGGUUGUGACUGGACGUAUAAGGCUAAGAGGGUUUUAUUUGACAGAAGGUCAAUACAAGAGUGGACCAAAACUGGAAAAAGACUCUUGCCUGUUCUCAAUGAGUGUUAUAAGCUCAUGUUUGACCAGGACACCAAUCUAUUACACAGCAUUACCUAUCUUGAGGAUAAAAGGAGAGUCAAGAUGAAACAAGAUUUCUGGGAGUACCAUGCAAAUGGAGAUAUCAAAUCUGGGCCCAUCUCUGAUAACUAUAUAUUCACUGCCAACAAUACUGCAACGCAGGCUUACAGUGCUGUGGAAAUGGAGAUUAUACCAGGGAAAAUUGUGACAGAAAUUAGACAAUAUUUCUACAAGCAUAAAAGUGAUAACAACUAUGCCUUCUCUAUCAUCACCCGUGUUCCUGAAUGCUAUAAGAGUAAAGUGCAGUGCCAUCGGCUGGAGCAGACAUACUCUGUGGGUCCACUGCAGAUGAACACCGAGGUAGUUCUUAGGACCACCUCCUCUUUGGGUAACAAUAAGACUUUGUACACUGAUGAUAAUGGGUACCAGAUGUUGAAGAGGACAUACAGAGAGUUUGUCAAUAACACUUUAGCCAGAAACUAUUACCCAAUGGUUCGAGCGGCAUAUAUUGAGGAUGACCAAAGUAGACUAGUGCUCAUCAGUGAUAGAGCUCAUGGUGUUUCUAGUCAAAGCAAUGGACAAAUUGAGGUGAUGUUGCAUCGUCGUCUGUGGAACAACUUACCCUGGAACCUGGGUUACAACCUCACCCUGAAUGACAGCUCUGUGGUGCACCCUACAUUGUGGAUGAUAGUUGGCUCCCUGAAUGUAACCACUAAAGUUUACCACAGGGAGGCGAUAGAGAUGCAGCACAGGCCUGUGGUUAUGGCUAUAGACCAACCCAAGAAGCCAUUGAAAACUCAGGAUAGACGAGGGUUUCAUAGGCCUACAGUCGUCCUCCCUCCCAACCUCCAUCUGCUCAGCUUUAGUAUCCCAGGGUGGAACUAUAGCUCCAACCAUGAGGCUCAUAUUAAACAACUAGAUAAAGGUCAAAACCACCACACAGCGCCUGACUAUGAUCGGAUCCUAUUACGAAUAAUGCAUUUAUUUGAGGAAGGAGAAGACUCUGAGCUGUCAAAGGCAGUUACUAUAAACAUUAAGGAAGUGUUGCAGGGCUUAGGGGAAGUGAGGGCAUUGGAGGAGCGCUCCCUCACUGGAACAUGGGACAUCAGCACUCUGCAGAGGUGGAAGUGGAAAACUGUAGACCAUUUACAAACUCAAAAUGACAGAAGCAACACAAAUGAAAUUUUCACUGUUACAAUCUCUCCCAAAGAGAUCCGCACCUUCUUUGUUUACUUCUAGUUAGAUUGUUUAUGUCUUCCUAGAAGAUUAAAACAACAGUCUUUCUGUUGAUGUCUGCACUUUAAAAUGUUUAUGUUUAUUAAAAUGUUUUAAACAACCUUC